CGACGAGGAUUUGGUACAAGAAUGUGCAAUUGGGUACACAUGAUUGUUUUCAUCAGGAGAAGUAAUUCUACAGAUCAAUGCCCACGAGGGAGGGCGGCAAGGAGGAAGAGAAGGCCGAGGAAGAGGAGGCUGAGGAAGAGGAGGCUGAGGAAGAGAAGGCCGAGGAAGAGGAGGCUGAGGAAGAGGAGGCUGAGGAAGAGGUGGGGGAAGAGGAUGUGGCACCCAGGGGAGUAGUAGUGAAGCUAGCUAUUACGAGGGAGAGCGUGGAUACCAUUGUUGUUGACGUUAAGAUCAAGAGUGGCUCAAUGUCAGCAGAUGUGAUCUCUCUUGCUGAGCAAACGUUAUCCCAGAUAAGGAGGGCAGGCUGCAGGAACUGUCUGUUAUGGGCGAAAUCCGAUGACUUGGCGCGCACUGUGAAGCGGAUAGACCCAUCUGUCAAGGCAGGCUACGUAGUAAUGAACGAUUCGUCAAAUACGUGGAUGACUGAUGUGUUGAGGAUAGAAACGGCUGAAGCGAUCGCCGUCUAUCAUGGCCUGGUGAACCAACGACUCGUGGCAACUGCAAGAAGAGGCGGCAAAGAAAUCUUUGCCUGGACAGUGGACGAGGAAACGGACAUGGAGAAUAUGAUAGAAGAAGGAGUGGACGUUGUCAUAACGAAUGAUCCGCUAAGAUUUCGGGCCGUCCUCUCGAGAUACCUAUCUCUUUGUGAGCGGGCACAACUCAGUCUAUGACUCUACGAUGCAUCAGAGGAACGCAGUUACUACGAUGGGACAAGGCCCUGGCCAUCUGGAGCAAUGGCGAUUUGGUACUUCGCCGGUCCCACGGCGCCAUCCACAAAUUGUGCAAGAACUUUCGUGAAUGAAUUUUCACCAAUUCU